AACYAUUUAUAACCGGAAGUCAUGAUGCAGAAUAACUUCCUGUUUAACGCACGAAACUGAGGCUCGCGUCAGAUUCUGUCUGGAAAUGAAUUCUGUGGAAGCAGAGGAUUCACCAGAAUAAUGGCGGACAUCGUACAACCGGGUGUGUAUGAAAAAAUCAAAACUGACAGUUCUCGGGAUGGCGCUGAAGAGUCCUUACAAAAAACCGACAAGCCUCAAGCAGGUACCUUUAUUCACUCGGCUGCCCCCGAACAAGAGAAAAGUGAAAUUUGUUCUGGAAGGCUAGUCCGUAAACACGACGAUCUMUUCGCGUGCCUGACGGUUAUGCGAAGACUUAUGGAGCAGGCAGAAUCCGAGAGCAAGCAGCUAAAAGAAGAGAAAUAUGUUAUUGCUGCCAAGAUAAACAAUUCAUUGAACUCUGUUAAUAGAGAGGUUGAGCAUUUGAAGGCCGAAUUACGAGAUCAGGACCGAAGACUGGGCGAGCUAACAUCGGAGAAAGCCGAGGCUUCAACCAACACUGAAGGGCGCACUGUAGAACGAAGUAUGAGCGAUAGUUCACAAGAAAGCCAAGCCACAGAUAAAAUUCCCGAAAAGCUAAAUGAAGAAAAUGCAAGAUUACGUAAAGAAAUUGAAUUUUUAUCGCGAGAGUUAAAUGAAUUUAAAGAAUCAAAUUCAAACGUAGCGGAGCUGUACGAGCGGCUACAUUGUUAUGAACAUGAAAUCAGCCGAGCUAAAGAAACAAUUGUUUUUAUGAAGACAGACAGAAAAAAGCUUAAAACUGAAAAGAUGGAACUCUUAAACCAAAUGAAGCAAGUGUAUGGUAUUCUUGAAGACAAGGAAUCGGAACUGAGAGAAUUUAUUAGAAAUUACGAGCAACAGAUGACCGCUAGUGACAUAAAAAUAAAAAAACUUCUUUCAGAGAAAGAAAGUUGGGAUCUCGAGAGAAAAGAAAGUCAGCAAAGUAUAGAGGAUUUAAGCAAUAAGUUACGGACUAAAGAAACCCAUUUUAAAGUAGUCGAAAGUGAACUUUUAGAAGUGAAACAGCGCUUGACCUUAUUACGAAUGAAUAUUCCAAGCCCCCAUCAACACGGAGAAACGAACAAUCUAAAUAUCUCGACAUCUAGCACUCGCUUCACUCGUGCAAUUCAAGCCGACGUCGAAAAACUGCUACAUAUACAUAGUGCUGGGGAAUCCUCGGAUAGUUUAGCCAAAACACCUCUAACUCUAGCAGAAAUGAUGUGUGCCCCACAGGCAUCAAGUACUAUCAUAGACUCACCUGACUCGUUGUCAGAAGAGAACCAGCCAGAGGCAAUCUCACCAGGGUACCCUGAGGUCUUUGAUUACACUACCAGCACUUCAACACCAUCAUCAUCAUAUUGUGCAGAGAAAAAACAAAAGAGAAAAAGUAAACGAAGUAAUUUUGGAUCAUUGUCAAAGCUGUUUUCUAAAGGAAAGCAAAGGAAAUCAACAAGACAGACAUUUGAAGAUUACCACUCUGCUGAUGAGCUGGACCAGUGCAGUCUUGGGACAACGUUUACCAGUAAACAGCACAUUUAUGACCUUUAUAAAGACACACCCAUGACGAGCUGGAAAGCCAAUAUGGUACUAGCAUGGUUGGAAGUAGAAUGUAAGAUGCCAAUGUACGUACAAAUGUGUCAGGAUAACAUUAAAAGUGGGCGGGUCCUACUAGAUCUCACUGAUGAUGAAAUUGAGAKUGGAUUAGGUAUCACUAAUGCAAUGCACCGCAAAAAACUACGACUUGCUAUUGAAGAAUACAGAGAUCCCUCAGCUAAUAAAUACCCCUGUAUGUCACAAAUUGACCACUUCUGGGUGGCACGGACAUGGAUGAGGGACCUGGGGCUGAGUCAAUAUGGUCCAGUGUUCGAGGCACAGAUGAUUGAUGGCCGCAUGCUGAAUGUGUUGACCAAGAAAGACAUGGAAAAAUACCUUAAUCUUAGCAAGAAAUUUCACCAGUCUAGUAUCCUUCAUGGCAUUGAGCUGCUCAGGAUGAUGGCUUUUGACAGGAAGGUAUUGAUGGAACGUCGGUCAAAAUGUGAAGACUUGUACACUGAUCCACUGGUGUGGACAAAUGAUAAAAUAACACAAUGGUGUCGCUCUAUUGAUCUUGGGGAGUAUGCAGAGAGUCUACGAGACAGUGGUGUGCAUGGUGCUCUGAUGGUCCUGGAACCAACAUUUGGAUCAGAGGAGAUGGCUCAGGCACUUGGAAUUCACUCUUCCAAGAAUAUCAUUCGACGACACUUAACCAGUGAAAUGACUGCUUUAAUACUUACAGCAAGGGCAUCUCUGAACUUUCCAGUCCUUGAUCAAAGCAAGGAGAAAAAGCAACGUCGACGCCGAUCGUUUAGUUUUAGCACAAGACAUCAUAGUUCCUCCGACGACGUGAAACGACACAGUUUUAGGAUGUCAUGGAAUAACACAACCGGAUCCCUCGACCGACAGAUGAAAACAAAGAGUGAAAGCACGAGUAACGUUUUGCGAAUCCAGCAAAACUCCAACACCUUACAAGUACCUGUUUUGAUACGAACAGGGUCAUUGAACCGACCCCUUCGACCAAGAUCUUCCUUCCAUUGAAACAUCCUCAGGUCAAACAGUCUCGUGUCAACGCACUUAUUCCGUGAAACAAAGCAGAAGUAAUUACCACUAUAAAAUAGUAUUGUUUACACAAUAGAUUGCAAACACUAAAAGGGUUCAACAUUUAUAACAAAUAUUAUAAUUCAACAACAAAUUUUCUUCUGCUCUCAUUUGUGGAGAGUCUACGACGUCUCGUGAUAGUGUCCGCCACGGAGGGCUACUAUCAGUGCAAUAUGCCCUYUAUUCAACUCUAUUGUUUAAAUAGAGAACAAUUUAAUUAACGUUGCAAACUCUUAAUGUUUGUGCUCUACAACAAUUUGUUCUUCGCGGAUUAAGGGUAGGGUGUGCGCUCUAAAAGAGCGUUUUUGAACUAAUCUUGACAAAGUGCUUGUAAUUGAUCCUUGUCUGGCCUCGYGCUUWAUGAACUAUUUCAGAAGAACAUGCGUGAUUCCCUCGACAUACCUUUGUUUGACUAAUGCGUACUUCUAGGAUGAGGCAUCGUUUGUCCCUUACAUCAUUAACAUCCACUGCUUAUGAUCUCCGAUCAUCUGUGUUUCUUAGAUCUAUUAGUUAUAGUAAAUAUUUCUAAUUUUUAUGACUGAAUACGUUUUUUUUUAUUUUUUUACGGUAGAUUUUGGUGAAUACGUUAGACGAUAAGGCUUUUAUCAGUAAACUGUUUCAAAGAGAAAUCAGUACCACAAUUGAUCUGUAAAUAAUUUAUAAUUUACAAUAGUGUAAAUAGACUUUGGAAUUAAGAAAUUCUUAGUAACUCACCUCGCAAAUAGUGCAAGAUUUGUUCGUGUAGUUUUUAUUUAUAGCGAGGCUAAUGACAGCGCCAUUUAAUAUGACUCAUCUAGGGUCUAGAGAUCACCGUAGAUAGAUUUAUUAAUUUAUUAAAUACUUUUUAUUGAAAAAUUAGAAAAUGAAAUAUUUGUGGAAUAGAAAUAAAUGGUUAGAUAACUUUUGUUUUUA